GUCUGUUUGCGUGGCCAGGCAACGCCGACCUCACCCAUAUCCGCGACGAGAUUCCGAAGGAAAUUGCAUUUCUACUAUUCGGAAUCCCACUAGGAAAAAAGGGUGAGAAAUAAAGUCGCCGCCUCCAGUUCCGCGCCAGACUUCUUCCAAAGUGGUUCUUGGAGUUGACCUUGCAUAUGGCAUAUGAAGAGUGAAACCCCAGUCCUACUGUGAGCCAGGGCAAGGACCCUGCACAUCGGGAAAGAGGUAGCUUUGGAACAAAAGGCCGUACCUAGCAAACAUCGUCUCUGAGCAAACAUCGUGUCUACCAGUUGGUUAAUAUAUGACCCAGUCAUGCCCAGGGAAAAGACUGAAAGGAGCCACUGGCUUCACACUGCUGGACCCGGUCUCCAGGAGCAAACAAACAGAGGGUCUCAUCUCCACAGGAGAAGAACUGGCCAACUGUUGCACUCUCUCAGUAUCGAUGGCUCUGCAGAGGACCUGGUCCUUGCUUCUGCUCCUGGUGCUGACCCUGCUGGGGUUAGGGCUUGUGCAGCCCUCCUAUGGCCAGAAUCAAAUGUACCAACGGUUCCUUCGACAGCAUGUUAGCCCUCAGGAGACAGGUGGCAAUGACAACUACUGCAACUUGAUGAUGCAGAGACGGAAGAUGACUUCUCGUCAGUGCAAACACUUCAACACCUUCAUCCACGAAGACAUCUGGAACAUUCGUGGCAUCUGCAGUACCUCCAAUAUCCAGUGCAAGAAUGGCAGGAUGAACUGUCAUGAGGGUGUAAUGAAGGUCACAGACUGCAGAGAGACAGGGAGCUCUAGGUUUCCCAACUGUAGAUACAGGGCAAGUGCAAGCACUAGGCGAGUUGUCAUUGCCUGUGAGGGUAACCCAGAGGUCCCUGUGCACUUUGACAGAUAGAUGCCAUCUCACAGCUGCUGCAGCCAGUGACUGGUGAUUGGCCUCAGAGUCGGUGAAAAUAGUAAUGAGUGAUGUAUUGGAAGGCCUCAGGCUUUGUUUCCAUUGCUCCUGCCUUACAGCCAUAUAUACCCCAUAUAACCCAUUGUAUUAAGUGUACCAUGUCCAGAGAAGGAAACCUCUCCUGGUAGCCAGGCUCUUCCAGAGUCUAUCAUCUGGAACUUAGGCAUUGCAUGUAUUUACACAGUACUUCAACUAUUACAAAGUGCCUUUUUGUCCAAGCUGUCUCAUUCCAAUGCCCUAACCACCCCCUGAUGUCAAUUCUGCUACUUUAUUAGGAAGCCUAGAGUUAAAGGAUGUGAAGACCAUCAAAACAGUGGAAGAUCGACCAUCUAACUGAACAGGAACUCACACAGAGCUUUACUUACUUCAUUAUAUAUGUUUUCUGUUAUUCCUAAAUGUCACCCUUAAGGAAACCACUAAGAAUUUGGGAGAAAAAAGAAUUUGGAAAUAACUUGCGGGCAAAAUGAGAACUAUGAGUUAGUUGGCAUUAUUAUGGUCUGUUGCUACUAAGCUUUUUAAAAAGCUGUGUCAAAAAAUGUAGUAGGUUACAGAGAUUCUUUCGCCCCUCCCCCGCUUAACUGAAAGAUUUUCUGCAUUUUCAUUAUAAUAAAGAACUAUCUGUUGAACCUACA